AUGUCCGUGCCUCCUUUUGGUGACUGUUUAGCGUUGGAGCAUCUUGAUAUCUUAGCUAAUAAGUUCAGUUUUGAUAUUGUUCAUGCAAUCUCACCUUGUGAAAAGCUCACUUUCUUGAACAUUUCAAGCAACCAAUUUGGAGGUCAAGUUCCUAUGCUUUCUUUAGCUGCAAAUUUGCAGUAUUUCCUCCUGGGAAACAAUCUUUUUCAAGGGGAGAUUCCUCUGCAACUAGCUGAUUCUUGUCCAAGUCUUGUCAAGAUUGAUCUUUCUUCGAAUAAUUUGUCGGGUACGGUUCCCAAUAGCUUCAGUUCUUGCUCUUCAUUGGCCUUUCUUGAUAUUUCUUAUAACAAAUUCUCAGGCGAAUUGCCUGUGGACACUUUCUUGCAAAUGAGUAGCUUGAAGGAGCUUGUUUUAUCCUUUAAUGAUUUCACUGGAGUUCUUCCUCAUUCUUUGUCAGAACUCACCAAUUUGGAGACUUUAGAUCUGAGUUCAAAUAAUUUCUCAGCUUGUUUCACUCCAUUUGAGCUUCAAUUUGUUAGAGCAUUCGAUGAUCAGUUGAGAGAAUCAAGGAAAUCAGAUCACUCAAGCAACUGUGCUGCAGCUGAAGAGCAAUUAAGAGAAUCAAGGGAGAAAAUAUCGGAUCAGAUCAGAAGUGGUGCAGCAAAUGAUCCAUCUCUAGACUUUCCUCAUUCUGAUUUGAACCUGUGGUUGAAUAAUCUCCAUGGGGAGAUCCCACAGGAGCUUGGUAACAUUCAAACAUUGCAGACAUUGAUUCUUGACUUCAACCAGUUGUCGGGACCAGUGCCUUCUAGUUUAAGCAACUGCACCAAUUUAACUUGGAUCUCAUUGUCGAAUAACCAGCUGAGUGGUGAGAUUCCUCGAUGGCUUGGCAAGCUUUCCAACCUCGCGAUUCCCAAGCUCAAUAACAACUCCUUUUAUGGUAGCAUCCCGCCGGAGCUUGGUGAUUGCAGGAACUUGAUUUGGUUGGAUCUUAAUCCCAAUAACUUAAAUGGAUCCAUCCCUCCUGCAUUGUUCAAACAAUCUGGUAAAAUCGCGGUGAAUUUCAUCGCGGGGAAGACUAUGUGUACAUUAAGAAUGAUGGUAGUAAAGAGUGCCAUGGAGCAGGAAAUUUGUUUGAGUUUGGAGGAAUUAGACAGGAGCAGUCGAACAGAAUUUCAUCAGGAAUCCCUUGGAAUGAUUCCUGAAGGUGGACAGCUCGAAACUUUUCCACCUACGAAGUUUGUCAACAAUUCAGGCCUUUGUGGAUUGCCUCUUCCACCAUGUGGGAAAGAUGCGGCGUUAAGCGCGAAUUCUCAGCAGAAGAAGUCUGAUAGGAGAGCAGCUGCUAUUGUGCGAAGCAUUGCAAUGGGAUUGUUGAUCUCCCCCUCCCUAAUUGUAUGA